AGGGGCGGGGGUGCUGCGGCCGGCUUGGCUGGAGGCAUUUGAGACAAGAUGCAGGACCCCAACGCAGACACUGAGUGGAAUGACAUCUUACGAAAAAAGGGCAUCCUGCCCUCAAAGGAAAGUUUGAAAGAAUUGGAAAAGAAGGCUGAAGAGGAGGAGGAGCAGCGAGUCCUUCAGCAGUCAAUUGUGAAAACGUAUGAAGACAUGACUUUGGAAGAACUGGAGGACAAUGAAGAUGAAUUUAAUGAGGAGGACGAACGUGCUAUUGAAAUGUACAGACAGCAAAGACUGGCUGAGUGGAAAGCAACUAAAUUAAAGAAUAAAUUUGGAGAAGUUUUGGAGAUCUCAGGAAAGGAUUAUGUUCAAGAAGUUACGAAAGCCGGUGAGGGCUUGUGGGUCAUCUUGCACCUCUACAAACAAGGGAUUCCCCUCUGCGCCCUGAUAAAUCAGCACUUCAGUGCACUUGCCAGGAAGUUUCCUGAUGUCAAGUUUAUCAAAGCCAUUUCAACAACCUGCAUACCCAAUUAUCCUGAUAAGAACCUGCCCACGGUAUUUGUUUACCUUGAAGGUGAUAUCAAGGCUCAGUUUAUUGGACCUCUGGUGUUUGGUGGCAUGAACCUGACAGUAGAUGAGUUGGAGUGGAAAUUGUCUGAGUCUGGAGCCAUCAAGACAGACCUGGAGGAAAACCCUAAGAAGCCAAUUGAAGACGCCUUGCUGUCCUCAGUGCGGUGCUCCGUCCCCACGAGGAGAGACAGCGAUUCUGAGGAUGACUAAGGCUGCAGCCGCAGGGACACGCCGGACUGUCUUGAUGUGACAGGUCAUCUUCAUUUUUUUAAAAAGGAGUGUAUCCUUUGGUUUUUAGCCUUUUAUAAUUAUGUUUCAAAUCUCAUGGAUUUCAGAAAUAAUCAUUGCUGGGAAUCCUAUUAAAUUUCCUGGAACUCUCUUUUUAAAUUAAUAACAUUUCCUUAAAAAAGAAUAAAAACGAGCUAUUGGUACGGCAAA